UUUCUACAAAAGUAUUUUAUUUGCUCUGUGGUGGUUGGCGAGUUUUUCGUUUUGCGGCUUGCUCGUUUUUAAAUUAUUGUGUUUUCAUUGUAAUUAAUAACAUUGAAAUAAAUUCGGUCUUGAUAAUUGUGUCGCCGCAGCGAGCGGUCAUCCAAUAUGUUGCUGCUAGGAGUUCUCAGUAUUUGUUUCGGGAUUUCACUUGGCUUUACAGUCAGUAAAGACAGUCCCCCGCAAUGGAGCCCUGUGUACUCCGUGAAGGGGCUCCUCAACAUCCCCUACGCUGAAAUACAUGAGCCUUUCUAUGUCUGGUACGACAGAGAGCACGGCAAGUCCCGCAUCGACUACUACGGCGGGAUGGUGAAGACGUAUCAGAUGACGGGAGCCGCCUACCCGCAGUACGGGACUAACAUCAAGAUAGCGCCAGUGACGACAGAGUCCCAGCUAAACAGCGUGACGUGCCUGCAAAUGAACGGAACCUCCGACAUGGCGGUCAGCGACGUGCAGUCCGCGCUGCCCGACAUGACCGACUUCACGUUCAUAGGCACAGACAACAUCGGCGACGCUGAAACUUCAAAAUGGCGGAUGACGAUGAAGAUCGGGGACAAGGAGAACAAGUACACCAUGUGGGUCAAGUACAAGAAGAGUUUGAGGGGAGACGCCGUGGCUAUACCUGUCAGGUACGAGAUGAAAGGCUACAACACAUUGCUCGGCUCUCACUACGACCACUACUACAUCGACUACGCCGAGUACGACGUGGACGAGAUCGACCCCACCGUGUUCCAGGUUGACAGCGGUCUCCCGUGCGGCUCGUUCCCCGGCCCCGGGCUGCAGCACGCGGCCAGCUUCAACCCCAUGCAGGAGUUUAUACACCCCGCCGUAGAACACCACGUCACGCACGAGUUUGAGAGGUUCAAGGCCAAGCACAACCGUCAGUACGCCAGCGACAACGAACACGAGAAGAGGUUGAACUUGUUCCGACAGAACUUGAGAUUGAUCCACUCAACCAACCGCGCUGGUCGCUCCUUCACUGUAGCAGUGAACCACUUGGCGGACAAGACCGAUGAGGAGCUGGCGGUACUGCGCGGCAGGACGUAUGGAGGACCCAACAGAGGUCUCCCGUUCCCGUACAGUGACUCUAUGAUCGAGGAGGAGAGCGACAAGCUGCCCUCUGAGCACGACUGGAGGCUGUUCGGAGCUGUCACUCCCGUUAAAGACCAAUCAGUGUGCGGCUCGUGCUGGUCGUUCGGCACGGUGGGCGCGGUGGAGGGCGCAUUGUUCUUACACAACGGCGGCCAUCUUGUUCGGCUCAGUCAACAGGCCUUGGUUGACUGCUCUUGGGGUUUCGGCAACAAUGGCUGUGACGGAGGCGAGGACUACCGCGCCUACCAGUGGAUCAUGAAGCACGGCCUGCCCACCGAGGAGGAGUAUGGAGGGUACCUUGGACAGGACGGCUACUGCCACAUCGACAACGUGACUGUGGCCACCAAGAUGAAGGGCUGGGUCAACGUCACCACCAACAACGAAAACGCACUGCGGCUGGCGAUCUUCAAGCACGGCCCCAUCUCGGUGGCGAUCGACGCGUCGCACAAGACGUUCAGCUUCUACUCCAACGGGGUCUACUACGAGCCCGCUUGCAAGAACAAAGUAGAAGAGCUCGACCACGCGGUCCUGGCCGUCGGGUACGGGAUCCUGAAGGGGCAGAAGUACUGGCUGGUGAAGAACUCGUGGUCCAACAUGUGGGGCAACGACGGCUACGUGCUCAUGUCGUCUAAGGAGAACAACUGUGGCGUGGAGAGUGCCCCCACUUAUGUUGUCAUGUAGAGUAUCAUCAUAAAGGUAUAGGUUACAACAUUUUGUCGAGCAUUUCUGUGUAAUGUAACGUUCUUACGAAUGGUACAGGCAAAAGCAUGAUAAAAAGUUCGUAAAAAGAUGAUACACUAGGACAUAACAGAGAGCGGCUCGUUGUUCUGUUACAAGUAAAUGUUGUAGUCUAUACUCACCUUAAUGAAGGCACGAAAUUUAUUUUUAGCACCGUGAAACUAUAUAUUUAGCUAUUUUGGAAAAUGUGAUUUACGGAAACUGUCAUAGAAUCGAAUUUUUAAAAAUUAUUCUAGAUUUUGACAGCUCUAAAAUUAAAAUUCGUGCCCCUACCAUUGCACUCUCCAAUUAGAGCUAAGUAGGUUUGGUUAAGGCAUAACUUCACUGUUGCCAUAUUGAUGAUAUUUUUUGUAUUUGCAAAAUAGAUAAAAGUAAUGUUGUGACAAAAGUUGCACUCUAAACUAAUUAUUAAAAUGCAGGUUUAUUUAGAUCUGAACAUAUAAUUUUUUUCGCAUAUGUUAUUUUUAGUUACAUAAGAAUCUCUAUAUCAAAGUGCCUAUAUUUACUUUUAAGUAUCCAAAUUGGUUUUCAUAUGAGGCUGUGUAGUGUAUACUUUUAUAAUUCUGUUUAAAUACCUAAGAAAGAAGGACUGUUUACUGAACAUUCCAAAUACUAAUGUAGCCAUAGAUCUGAAGUUUUGUAAGAGUUAUUUAAGAAAUAAAGAAUAUAUAAAUAUAAA